AGGAAGUACAGUAGAACAGGUGACCUGCCUGGUAGACCAUGCAAGAGCAGCAUCAACAUCAAGACAUGAGUGGGCAUUUAUCUACUACUUUAGAAAGCAACUUAUUAAAUUUAUCUCUUCCUUGAUCAUGAUUCAUGUCUCCAAACUUGCUUGUGAUUUAUUUUGUCUGUAUUCUCAUGCAUUUGAUCAAUUGCUUGUCUAUUCCGCUUGUGUUUUUAAAAAGUUUUGCUCUUUUUCUGUUUUCCCCAGGAACCCUCCCUGUUGAAGUUGUAAGAUCCAAGCAGACAGCAUGAGUCCUCAGAGCUCAAAGAAAGCGCUGGAUGGAGGUUGGGGAUGGGUCAUCAUUGUGGCCUGCUUCAUGGCCCAGUUCCUGGCCUAUGGCUCCCCCCAGUCAGUGGGCGUCCUGUACCCAGAGUGGCUCCACGCCUUCCAGGAGGGGAAAGGCAUGACGGCCUGGGUCGGCUCCUUGGUCUCUGGAGUGGGACUCAUAGCCAGUGAGUAUUCUCAGAACUUUGUUUAUUUAUUUAGAUACUGUAUAGGUAAAGGCUAAUGCUCUCAUUCAAAGACAGGGAAUAUCUUCAGAGCUCACUGUGCUUAAACUGCAGAAUUCUGUAUAUUAUAAAAUAGUUAAUGUAGAUUUUUUUUAACAUACAUUUAUUCACCUCAGCAUCUGAACAUCUGUUCAAGAAUUCCAUAUUGAUUGUCUUGGCAUGGCUAUGAAUUGAUAUGCUUAACAGCAUGUCAGUGGUUAGACCUGAAUUUACUUAUCUAUGCACUUUACAGUUGCAGCUACAUUGUCUGGUGUAGAGUCUCACCUGGUAUGCAUGUCUGACACCGGUUGCUGUUGUAUAAUUAAUGACGUCACUGAUACGGAACCAGACAAAAGAAUGGUCCAAUGUCUCUAUAAACACAUACGAUGAUGUGGCAUUAUGGGUAAAGUAACAGACCAGUUUUUAUCUAACCAAGUAAUCUUGUUUGGAGGGCAAAGUGGCACAUGAUAAGAUAGGAAAAUAAGUAUUUUACCUGGUACAUAUCAACAGUUGUGAAAGUGCUGACUUGUCCUAAGUAGAUGAAGAGAACUGUGCAAUAUGGAGGCACUUUGUGGUGCUCUUAACACUUAGUUGAGGUUAUUGAUUGAUGCUAAGUCAUUUACAUUUACGUCAUUAAGCAGACGCUCUUAUCCAGAGCGACUGACAGAAGCAAUUGGUGUUAAGUGCCUUGCUCAAGGACACAUCGUCAGAUUUUUCACCUAGUCGGCUCGGGGAUUCGAACCAGCGACCUUUUGGCUACUGGCCCAACACUCUUGAACGCUAGGCUACCUGCCCCCCGACAGACAGUCCUGUCAUACCUGCAGGAGGAGCCCUUAGCCGUUACGUAGCUGUGACCAGUGACCACACCGAGGGUGUGUGUGUGUAUGGGAAAGAGAAAAGGGGGGAAAAGAGAGAAAAGUAUAAUAAAGCUUUCAACAGUUUAAUUCGUUUGGAAUGACCAGGGACACAGGAGGACUCAGUUCACAGUUCACUGCAAGCUGUAUUCAAGUCAGUUUAUAUUAUUUAGGCAAAACAGGAUCAGAGAUUGUAGAUCACGGUCUUGGUUUACAUUUACCGCCAGGCUAAGCCUCCCUUCACGUUGUCGCCUUUCCAAAGAGGUCUGUGAAAAGUCAUGACUAGACAGAUUGCUCCCAGAACACGUGUGGGGCUGGGCUAUGCAGCCUUACACCAUGGGCUGUUUUAACUGGUGGUGAAACGGAAGGGAGGUAGAGACAGGGUUCAACAAGACGUGAUUGGCUAUUCUUUACACACACUCUCGGGUUGUCAGUGGUCUGAUCGGGAAUUCAAUACGUCUCAGCACAAAAAGUGAUGUGUAUAAUAAGGACAGUCACAUUUAAGACUCAGGUUCACUGUACUAAAACAAGUAGUCAAUUCAAUGUGCAUCAGACACACAAGGACCUAUACAAACAGUGCAGUGUAUAGCUUUGGAAACUAAAAGGAUUGGGCUGCAUUUGACUUGGCACGAUGCUAGGAAAACAGCAGUCUUUAAUGAGUUGGCUGCAGAUUAUGGGUUAGUGAGGUGAUACCGUCUCAGGCCCGGCGCCAGGAUAAAGUGACUAAGGGGGCAGUUGAAAUCGGUGAGAGAGCAACAUUUUUGGGGGUUCUUGCGUUGGAAUUCUAUUGAAUUCUGGCUGUAUCAAGCUAUACCACAAUAAACAUAAAGUAUGAAUGCUGAGACUCCGAGACCAUUGAUCUCCGCUGCACUGUAUCAGCACAAUGGACAGUGCCCUACACACUACAGUAAGGCUGUUUCGGUAAUGUAAAUAAGCUACAAGAUAGAUCAGGUAAUUCACCUAUUCCAAGCAGCCUAUGUGAAUGCAGCCGUACAUACAGCUGUCUUACCAAAAUAAUGCAAACUAAAUGCUGAAAGUAGUAAGUAGCCUAGUUAUUCAUGCAUGCAAAAAUACUGAAUAUAGUUUCACUUAGAAUACCGACACAACUGCGAACGAAAACAGAACAAAACAACGGUACUACCAAGUAGGUCUAGUAAACAAAAUAUCAGAUCGAUAAAGGCAUGACACAAUCUAUUUUUAGGCUAGUUACAUUAACAGUAAACAAACGCAGUAGCCUACUACAGUGAGAUGCAGCCAUGCACAGCUGUCUUGCCAAAUAAAUAAGCCUAUAGGCCCCGCUUCAAACAUAGAAAAUCAUGGUGCUCGUGAGUUCAGCAACACGUUGUGAUAUGGCACAAUACACUUCUGUGGAUCAAAUUCCAAUACAUACAGUUCUAUUUACAACCACGAAAACCAAUAGGCUACCAAGAAAACCAUAAUAGAAUGUAUUUAUUUCUAUGAUGAAACAUACCGAUAUGUAGCUAUACCCAGGGUUGUCAUUUGGGUUCUUGCAUUGGAAUUAUAUUGAAUUCUGCUUAUAUCACGCUAUAGCACAAUAAACAUAAAAGUUCAAAUGCCGAGACCAUUGAGGGCUUUUGACCAAGAAGUGACAGGUUGGCGCGAAAUCUCCGCUGCGCUCUAUCAGCACCAUGGACAGCACCCUACACACUAAAGCAAGGCUGUUGAAAACCUAGGCUGGCUAAGGAAGUCAUUUUGCCAUUCUAUACCCUAGGUUUUUGCUGAAAGGACGCCACUGACUAUACCACCAAUAUUUUGAUAAAAAGCAAUCAGCUAGAUUGUUUCUUACCUUUUCAGAAGAGUUGCAGUAAUCGUUCAUUCCAUUCUCCCCAAAAUCCUCUUGUAAGAUCUCCCUCAAAUGCCAAUUGGAUUAGUUGAGCUUUCCUCGCAUGCUUCUUCAAAGUGGAAAAUGAGUUCUCGCAUGUAGCUGUGGACGCCCCAAAAGUCAAUCCAUGUGUCAGUGCAGUAACCACGGUCGGCAUAGGGAAGAGAGACCCAGAGAAAACUUAAAGCCGGGGUCCGUCACCGCCUUCAGCAGCCCUGUAGCCUCGAGUCUUACUUCUGUGUUGUACGAAUGCGUGCAUUCGAUGUCAGAGAGGAACUUCACAACGCUGUCACAACUUUUAGCAACCACUGACACAGUAGCCAGCUGUCCCCUUCUCCUUUGGCUUUGUUUGGGUACUUUGGCGAAGCCAAUUUCUGAUAUCCAUCGUGGCAGUGGCAGAUUAGUUGGUUCGAGCUAGCUAAAUAGGCUAAGGCUAAUAACACUAAAAAAAUGUACAGCUAGCUAAGAAGCUAACUAAACUCUGAAGUGGUGGGGCGUGAGGCAGAGUUGAGUAAAGCAGCUUCAAUGGUAAACUUGAACCCGCCCUUAUAAAUCUAAAUCAAAUAUUACAGGUGGAGGCGUAUCACGUUAUACACUUAGCCUACCACAGGUGAGAAGCGUUUUUUCCCGCUUUUUAUGGAAACCCAAAGGAGUCCUAUAUAACCGCUCCAGUGGCUUUCCAUAGCCCCCUACACACACUCUGUCCAUUGUGCUGACACAGCGCAGCGGAGAUAGAGAUUUUGUGGUAACCAGUCACUCGAUCAUUUGAACUUUAUUGCUAUUUUUAUAUAGGGACAUGAAACUAAAACUGAGGGGGCACACAUUUCAACUGAGGGGGCUAAGCCCCCUUUUGCCCCCUUGUGGAUCUGGGCCCGUACCGUCUCCCCAAACUUUGCCCAAGCCCUUGCUUCUGUCCACUGAAGGAUCCAAUUUGUCCUUACAGACCUAUAUUUCCCUUGUGCCAUCAAUCAGGAUAUACAGUGCCUUCAGAAAGUAUUCACACCCCUUGACUUUUUCCACAUUUUGUUGUGUAACCGCCUGAAUUUAAAAUGGAUUUAAUGUAGAUGUUUUUGUCACUGGCCUGCACACAAUACCCCAUAAUGUCAAAGUGGAAUUAUGUUUUUUGAAAUUUUUACAAAUUAAUUAAAAUGAAAAGCUGAAAUGUCUUGAGUCAAUAAGUAUUCAACCCCUUUGUUAUGGCAAGCAUAAAUAAGUUAAGGAGUAAAAAUGUGCUUAACAACUCACAUAAUAAGUUGCAUGGACUCACUAUGUGUGCAAUAAUAGUGUUUAACAUGAUUUUUGAAUGACUAGCUCAUCUCUGUAUCCCACACUAACAAUUAUCUGUAAGGUCUCUCAGUCAAGCAUAAAUUCAACCACAAAAACCAGGGAGGUUUUCAAUUUUUUUUUUAAAGCAGACAUUGACUUUUUUAUUUAUUUAUUUUAUUUCACCUUUAUUUAACCAGGUAAACCAGUUGAGAACAGGUUCUCAUUUACAACUGCGACCUGGCCAAGAUAAAGCAAAGCAGUGUAAUAAAAACAACACAGAGUUACAUAUGGGGUAAAAAACAUAAAGUCAAAAAUACAACAGAAAAUAUAUAUACAGUGUGUGCAAAUGUAGCAAGUUAUGGAGGUAGGCAAUAAAUAGGCUAUAGUGCAGAAUAAUUACAAUAGUAUUAACACUGGAAUGCUAGAUGUGCAAGAGAUUAUGUGCAAAUAGAGAUACUGUGGUGCAAAAGAGCAAAAUAAUAACAAUAUAGGGAUGAGGUAGUUGGGUGGGCUAAUUUCAGAUGGGCUGUGUACAGGUGCAGUGAUCGGUAAGGUGCUCUGACAACUGAUGCUUAAAGUUAUUGAGGGAGAUAAGAGUUCUCCAGCUUCAGAGAUUUUUGCAAUUCGUUCCAGUCAUUGGCAGCAGAGAACUGGAAGGAAUGGCGGCCAAAGGAGGUGUUGGCUUUGGGAAUUGUGUCCACUUUGAGCAUAACAAAGUUAUUAAUUACAUUUUGGAUGGUGUAUCAAUAAACCCAGUCAAUACAAAGAUACAGGCAUCCUUCCUAACUCAGUUGCCGGAGAAGAAGGAAGACGCUCAUGAGGCCAAUGGUGACUUUAAAACAGUUAGAGUUUAAUGGCUGUGAUAGGAGAACUUUGGAUGGCUCAACAACAUUGUAGUUACUCCACAAUACUAACCUAAUUGACAGAGUGAAAAGAAGGAAGCCUGUACACAAUAAAAAUAUUCCAAAACAUGCAUCCUGUUUGCAAUAAGGCACUAAAGUAAAACUGCAAAAAUUGUGGCAAAAACAUGGACUUUUUGUCCUGAAUACAAAGCGUUAUGUUUGGGGCAAUUCCAACACAUCACUGAGUACCACUCUUUCAUAUGUUCAAGCAUGGUGGUGGUGGCAUCAUGUUAUUGGUAUACUUAUCUAAUCUAUAUUAGUGUUUUUUGACAAUUAAAUACAUUUUAAUCCCACUUUGUAAAAACAUAAUGUGGAAAAAGUAAGGGUCUGUGAAUACUUUCUGAAGGCACUGUAAGUGGUCUCAUCUUGCUAGAAAUAGAUAUAUUUCUGUAACUUGGUGUGCUUUUAAAUUCGAUAUGCUGUGAGGAUGAUGACAAAUGAGCAUCACAGGCUGUCCUUUUCCCUGACCCUUAAACUCUGCUCUGGUGUCUAAUAACUAGCUAGUGCUGCUUUUAGGCCUCAGGGGGCCUCGUUGUAAACAUUUGAGGAGUAUGAAUAGAGUCACAAGCCUAGCCAACAACACGCCUAUGGUAGAGACUAAGGAGCACAGACGAACACUCUGUCCUAAAUAGGGAGCGAUAAGGUCAAAAUAAUAUCAGGGCAGAAAGGGGGACCAUGUCACAUGGUUAAAGUUGAUACAUCACGUCUUCCUGCCAUGAAAUAGCCCAACAUGUAUGGUACACCUUGACCGGUAUCACUAUCCUUUUUGUAUUGUUUAGGAAAUCCAUCUGUUGCUAACACCACGUGGAUCCUGAAUGCACCAUAUUAAUUCCAUCAUGCGACUUUGUUGUUUGUGUCUUGUCAUCUCAUUUCUGCUCCUCCCUAACUCACUGCAUCUAUUCAACAAUGUACCCUCAACUCCCACACACACACUGAAUUCACACUUCUUCUCUGCGCUAUUUUCUCCCCCAGGUCCUGUCUGCAGUGCCUGUGUGGAUAACUUUGGGGCGCGCCCUGUGACCAUCUUCAGUGGGGUCAUGGUGGCAGGGGGCCUGAUGCUCAGCGCCUUCGCCCCAAACGUCCAGUUCCUCAUCUUCUCUUACGGGAUCGUCGUCGGUAAGUGAGAACCUCGUGGUGGACGAAGUCUGCGGUUUGUGUGACCCACUAUUAGAUAUAGGAUUAGCCUUGUCAGUGUGAGAGAAAUUAUAGGAAGUUGCUUGUUUACUCUGUAGGGAGUGAACUGUUUUUAACUGAUGAUUACAUAAAAAUAUUACACAGUUAAACAAUAACACAAGUCAAUGAUAGAUAAGACACAAGAAUUGAAUAGGUUCAUGUCUAUUCAAAAUAGGUUCAUGUCUAUUCAAAGUAGGUUCAUGUCUAUUCAAAAUAGGUUAAUGUCUAUGCUCCAGCACACAUGCACUGUGAGGGUAUAUGUAGGAUGUAUUCAGAGAUCUAAAAAUGACUAAUGCCUCCCCCCAACAUUUUGAAUGCACCCCUCGCAGCCCAUUAUCUAACCCCCAGUGAUAGCUGUGCCAUGCUAAGGGGAAAGAGCUCAAUAGACGGCCACUGCCUGUGGUAUUGUCCUGAGAGAGAGGUCAUGCAUAUUUGAAGAAGGGCGUCUAUUUUUAGACCAUCCCUUGGAUGCGCUGCACAUGUGGCUCAGUAUUCUCUCAUCGCUUUUCUGCCCUAGUCAUCCUUUGCGGAUCAAAUUACCAUUGGGGUGAUUUUACACUAGACAAAAGUUAUUUGUAUGGUGAAUAUGUAACAACUUUAUCACAGAGCAACAGAUUUUAAACAUGGUGAAUUUACUGCAUGUUUUUACAUGACUAAGAUGGCCUUACACAGGUCCCACAGUUUCACAUUAAGGUUCUCAGUUUACUGUGCAAGAAUUUGCUCAGAACAUUAAAUAUCUUCUUCACCAUGGUAAAUAAGGUACUGUAGCUACAUGCUCCUCUAAAAUGUGCUAAUGAAAAUACCUCUGUUGUUUUUGUUGUCCACAGGUCUUGGCUGCGGUCUUGUCUAUGCUGCCACAUUGACCAUCACCUGUCAGUACUUUGACAAGAGACGUGGCCUCGCCCUCGGCAUAGUCACCACAGGUAGUUCAGCCCCCCUCUGCGCUCACUGGGUUCACACCAAGUCUCCAUGCUCAGUUCUUUCAUGUUUCAGAAGCCGGAAGUCUUGGAAUGCCAAGGUAAACAUUGUAGUCUAGAAACACUGUAGCCUUGUGAUUAGGGAAGUGGACUGGUGACAAGAAGAACACUGGUAAUACAACACAGUUCUGGGGCAUUCUGUGUUUGUCCCCUUGAGGAAAGGGAGAACAGGGAGGCUAGCUUUAGGCAAAGAUGUCCCACUAAGCAAGGAUUUUAUUAAAUUAAUAUUAAUGAAUCUCUAAGGGCUUAUUCUUGGAAUCCCAACACUAAAUUGUUCCCUUCUCUCAUUUAGGCACAAGUGUGGGAGGGUUCCUCUAUGCCACGGCUCAGAAUGAGCUGAUUGUUCUCUUUGGCCUGGAAGGCUGCCUGCUGAUCAUCGGGGCCUUGGCCCUCAACCUCAUGGCCUGUGCCGGCUUCAUGAGGCCCCUGAACAUGCCUGGCUACUACCUCAAACAGAAGGCUGCUCUGGCGCGCACAGAGGAGCAGCUCUUCAAGAAACCGCCAGCUGACGACCUCAAGACCACACCAGGCACUGGCGAGAAAAACCUGAUGGUCAAGGAUCACCUGAUCACCAUCGACGCCAAAGACAUCACCAUCACCACACCUGACAACAAAGGGGGGUUCAUGGCAGGUUCAACCAUUGUGAAAAUGAUCAAGAAGAAGCGUCAGGCUUACUCAAAGUACAUGCACUCCAUGGCUGACUUCCUGCAUGACAGAAACUUUAUGGCCCUCUGCAUAGCUAUCUUCCUGUUCAGCCUAGGAGCCUUCCCUCCGGUCCUCUUCAUGGAGGAUGUGGCCCAGAGUGAGGGCCUCAUCAACGAGGUCAGAAUCAUACCCCUGGUCUCCAUUGUAGCCAUCACUACCGGUGUGGGCAAGCUGACCCUGGGCAUGCUAGCAGACAUGAGGUGGAUCAACAGUGUGUUCCUGUAUGCCUUCACCCUGCUGGGGACCGGGACGGCCCUUCUCCUCAUCCCCAUCUCCAAGAGCUACGUAGGCCUGCAGGUCCUCUCAGCUGUGGUGGGCUUUUUCUCUGGGAACUGGUCCCUAACGUCAUACAUCACUACCAAGAUUGUGGGCCUGGACAAACUGACCCAAGCCCAUGGGAUCCUCAUGUUUUUCGGUGGAUUCGGGAUCAUGCUUGGGCCCCCUGUUGUUGGUAAGAAAGAUCCCACUUCUGACACCAUUGGUCAACAUUGCUGAGUGUGUGUGUGGUCCACAUUUACAGUUGUUAGGUUAGAGCUGGUACAGGUUCGUAUUCAUGCUUUUACAGAGAAUCACUCUUCCAUAUGUCAAAACAUUUUUAGAUUAUGUAAUCUUAAUGUGUGAGUGGGAAUGUUGAACUCAAGAUGUUGGCCUUUAGCUAGUCUUUUGCUGACUCAUACAUUGUCGAGAGAUUUUGCUGAAAUUCUUUUUUUUUUUCUCUCCUCUUCUUCCUGUUCCAGGGUGGUUCUUUGACUGGACCCAGUCCUAUGACCUGGCCUUCUACUUCAGUGGAGGAUCUGUGCUCCUGGGUGGAGUCACGCUCUUUCUGUGUGCUCUGCCGUGCUGGGACAAAAAGAAGGCUGACAUCAAUAGGCCCGACAUUCAGUACACCAGCAACUGUGACAAAGUUGCCUCUGUAGCCUGAACACUAACUUUCACAUGGACCUUGCUCUCCAGUGCUCCCAGCGAUUUUUGCUGAUAAGCUUUAUACCCUUCAAGAGGUUGCUUUUUCCCUGGUGCCAGAUUUCACAGAUGUGUACCUGAGAGGAGCUUUGAAGUGGAGUAGGCCUUUUCUAUACAUCUUUAAUGCGUUUUUAAGACUUCUUACAUUAUACUACAGAAUUUUGAAAGAUGCCUAUGUUGAACAUUUUAAUAACGGCCUCAUUUUAAGAGGCCUAUUCAACUAAAUGGUUUCUAAGCAAAUGAAUAAAAUAGAUUAUGUUUACUUAGAAUAAAUACUGUUUUUUACAUUUCUGAAUCUUUACUUGGGUCAAAUGGAAAAGGCAUUUUCCUCUGGUGACCCUGUGGAGAAAUACAAACCAACAAUGGCCUGUGAAGAUGUUGGUUGAAAACACAAAAGACUGUUCAAAUUACUCAACAUAUUGAAAUGUAUAACCAUGCAAAAUUAAAAUUUGAAAGAAUUUCCCAGGAAUUUACUGGAAAAAAUACAGGGAUUGGAAAAAAAGGAGGGAAUGCACUUUUAAUGUACUCUUUUUAAUUCUAGCCGCACAAACUGUUUGUUUCUAUCUUACCAAAGCACCAGGAUGGUGGAUGCCUGUCAACACGUUAUGCCUGAUGAAUACAAGCCUUGCUUUUUAAGUUCAUUGGCAUUGUACUGUAUUUUACUUGUACUGUCCAAACUUGUUUGAGUUAGGGAGGUACUAAACACCUCACUUUGUCUUGACCGGACUAAGAUCUUGCUGAAUAAUAUGCUGUGCAAAUACCAGAGACUGUACAGGAAUAAGGUCCAGUUCCUCUAAGUAGUAUAUAUCAGUUCUUUGUGGCAUGACCCUUUUCCUGCAUUUGUUCACCAGAAUGGUCCUAUUGAGAAUGUUUUAAUUUAGUUUUUGCAUCUGCAUGUUUCUUUUUUUUAUAGCAUUAUAUUUUGUACGUUUCUUCAAAUCUUUCAACGUUUAUAAGCAACAUUGUAUACAGUAUGCACUGAGCCAGUCCCAGAUACACAUUGUAUGUAAAGUGAUGUCAUUCAUUAUUGUCAUUAUGAUUUUAUGUUUUUAAGGAAUAGAAUGAUUGUGAUACUGCUUUGUUAGUCACUUGAAGAUCCAAUUUUUGUAUGUAAAAUGUACCACAACAUAUUUCAGUUUAUAUCCUCUUCAAUUCUAAGACUACUGGGAUAUUGUUUUAUUCUUAGUCAAGUGUCUUUGUAAAAGUCUUUACGGGGUUGAAAUGAAAUACAAAAUAUCUAUGAUCCAAAAAGGUUAGAAACAUUAGAACUGUAACUUUAUAUGAUGUUGAACCACUUUGUCUUAUUCUUUUUUUAAUGUCAGUGUUACAGUAUUUAUGUUUGCAAUAUUUCGCUGUUUCUAUUUUGUUAUUUUCAACAAAAAAGUUCCAAUAAAUGAAAAUGAAAUUCAAUA